AUGAAGCGUCUUCUAGCAGUUCUCGCCGCGAUCCUGACCUUGCACAGCGACGACGUAGCCUCGAGUGAAUCCGGAUAUCACGAGGCCGUGUUCAAGAGUGUCCGUCGAGCGGAUCGCGAGUGUAGUAUAUUCCUGAGGGAUGGGACAUGUGGCAAAGAUGAUUGUUCUGUGCGGUGUCGUGGACUGGUUACGAGAUUUUGGAAUGACUCUGUAGGAGUUCCAGCGAAUACCAUCGAUCGGUUCUACAAGCCUGCGCAUGACGAUUAUGAGUAUUAUGAUUUGACGGAGCAGUGCGUGGGCGAGGUAGUUGCAGCAGUUCCGUGUACGGAUGUAUGCGGCCGAGCUGAAUCCACUGUCCAAUGCUACAACGAUCAGUAUGGAAAGCUGGACAAGAAGAAGCCCAAGUUUGUUCCGUUUACUAAACUUCAGCACCGUCGGAUACUACGUGAAUGCGCAGCGAUGCUGGGGAUCUCCCGGGAGAGACUGUACUUGUUCCGGAAGAAUGGCGUCGAGUACUAUCAGGACGCAAAGUGUCUGCUGAGGUGUUUCAUGCUUCGCGAAGGAUUGUACACCGAUGAGGAUGGUCCACACUUCAAGCGGAUGUCGCUGCAGUGUGAGGGCAACUACAACGAUGGAGCGUACCGCAGCAAGGCCAAGAGCUGCAUCUCAAAUCUGCAGAAUCAAUAUCUGGACCGCUGCAGUCUGGCGUAUCGGAUAGCUGACGAGUGCGUCAAUGGGGAGGUUGCCGUGAAGAACAUCUUUGUCGGAGCAGUGGUUCAGCUGUCACCGCCCGACUUGACUGACUUGCUGCCUGGACUGCCAACCUUACCGCCGAUUAAGCUUCCAACACUACCUACCUUUACACUGUUCCCCGCGCAACCCACGACAGCUCGUCCAGCGAUAACGCUGUUCCCGCCAUUAUUUCCAACAACCACCGCCGCACCUCAAACAGCCACGACGCCUCGUCCAGCGAUAACGCUGUUCCCGACACUGUUUCCAACUCAACCUACAACCACCACUGCGCCACAAUCACUGAUCCCACAACAGUCAACACUGUUUCCGCCGCUGCCAACGCUGUUUCCUCCGACGUCGGCGCCGCCCACAGGCUCUUUUACCCUGUUGCCACCCCUUCCCAUGUUGUUCCCACCAGUUGGAAGAUAG